AUGGGUGAGAUCAUUCCUAUAAACCCAAAUUCCAAGGCUACAAUAAAAGAGGUGUUGCUGAAUCUGAAACAACAAGCUGGGGUGGGCACUGAUCGUUCCUGGAUCCGUGUUGGGUUUGAUGGUGUUCCAUACCGGAUUGCAAAUCUGCUAAUAAAAAACACGAUUAUGUGUGAAGUGUGCAACGAGCACAUUGACAUUUCCGUGACACCCUUUGACGCCCACUGUGAGAUUAAGCAUCCAGGUGUGUACCAUAUCGGCAGCAAGAAGCUCUUGGAUGAUAUUCUUCUCACUCCUGGUGCCGGUCAUGCAGAGAUAAACCUUCUGAGGGCAAUUUUCUCAUUGACUAGAGUCGUAUUUAUGGAACAUAUUGCUGGGUGUUUAGGAUUCUGCAGCAAGAGAGCCAAAGACUUUGUAAUCAGGGGAAGCAAUCAUCACGUCACAUGGCAGAUCUUCGACAUUGUGUUGAAGGCAUUUGCUCUCGAACUAUGUUAUACAUAUGUUUCUCAAAAUCGCGAGGAGAAUGAGAACUUUCUUCCAACAGCAGAGGACUUCGUUAUGUGGAAGAAUACAAGAGUAAUCAAUCCAAAUUUCAAUUUGAUAUAUGAUCUCAUAUUUCACAUUUUCCUUGGUGUUAAGUGCUUCAGAAGUGGUAUACGCAGAAAUAACUCUCAGCACGCUAUUGCCGGCCGCCAGAAAACUGCUCCCAUAAUGUAUAUCGGCAAGCACGGUAUUUAUCAACCGCUUCUCUUCAGGGACAUGCAAGUUAGAGUUGAGGCACCGCCAGACAUAAAAAAAUAUAUAGAGGAGAACGAGGCGUUUUCCAGAUCUGGGAACAAUUUGCGUGGCGAAGGCGGUGACUACGUAACUGAAAACGAAAACAGAUCUUUGAAGAGUAUCCUUCCACCAGGAGUACCGACUGUAGAAAGAUGGCAAAUGGCAAGCCGAUGUAGCGCUAACCUUCAGAAAAACAGGAAAGCUGUUUUCCAAAGAGCCGGUAUUCAAGAUCCUGGCGAACAGAGAGGAUCUGUUUUUAACAGAGAGCUGGAAGUUCAAGCUAUUAGGAAAGAAAUUCGUUUGUCGGGGAUGUUGAAAAAUCCAUACGAGGAAAUUCCUUUGAAGUCAAUAGAAGGUAAAUUGCUACACCAAGAUUUUGUCAACGUGUACAACACAGCUCUAGAAAACUAUGACGCUUACAAAAAGUCCCCACAUGCGCCAAAUCUGCAACCAGUAUUCGUCACAUCAGAAGAUGAGCAGAUAGAGGGAAACGAGGAUAUUGAACAGAAAGAUGACGACAUGGAACAAACUGAAUGA